ACCCCUUAAGUGUACUUGAUUUGCUGUUCGUGCUACUUAACCGAAAUGACCAGUUUUCGGCAUGUUGCGGACAAUCUGAUGAGCAGUUUUUUACCCGCAUUUUCCCCAUUCACAUAGAAAACGCCAAAUCUAGAUUGGCUGUGUUUGUACCUCCGCGGCUGCCGUACGAGCGUCUUCCUUUCAUUUCGGCACCUACGAAAUCUAGCCCGCCGAAGUAAUGGCUGAAUAUUCCCGCGUCAAAUCAACCAAAUUAGUGCUGAAGGGUCUGAAGAAGGGGAAGAAGAAGAAGCAUAAUGACAGGAAGAGAAAAGUUGAGGACGAAGAAGAGAAACUUGAUAUAGCUGGUGGUUGGUGGUGUGUCAAUAGCUUUGGGGAAAUCACUGGAUCGGUUGCCAUAGAGAUGCAGAACGACUCUUACAUCCACGCCCUGGACACCGGGCUUUUCACCCUCGGCGCACCGCACAAAGCAGACGAAGGGCCAGAUCCUCCAGAGCAGUUCACUGCCAUCAAGCUCUCAGACUCAAGGAUAGCCUUGAAGUCCGGAUAUGGAAAGUACGUGGGUAUCAACUCUGACGGUUUGGUGGUGGGUCGCUCUGAUGCCAUCGGCUCCCGGGAACAAUGGGAACCGGUUUUCCAAAACGGCAAAAUGGCUCUCCUGGCUGCAAAUAGCUGUUUCAUCUCCUAUAGCGAGAGUGGGGACAUUGAGGCCAAGAGCAAAACUGCAGGGGAUGGUGAAAUGGUGAAGAUUAGGUCGUCUGCGGAAAAGAAAGUCAAGCAAAAAGACGACCUUGCAGAUGAGGACCGAGGCAAUGUGAAGAGCUGCGAGCUCAAUUAUGUGAAGAAGUUCCAGAGUUUCCAAGAUAGACGGCUCAGGGUUAAUGAGGAGGACAGUUCCACGCUGAAGAAGGCCAGGACGGAUGGCAAGUUUCAUGAAUCAUUGCUUGACAGGAGAAGCAAAAUGAAAGCAGACAGAUACUGCAAAUGAAGACCCAACUUUUUUUUUACCAAGUUUAUGGUUUUCCUUUUUUCUUCUCCUUUUUGUUUGAAGAUAAGACAUCGUAAUACUAUUUUUGGUUGAUUUUUGAUAUGUAAAUAAAAUGUAUUGGA